ACCCCCACCCCUUUGCAGCAGGCGGGGGCGGCUGGAGAGCGUCUGCGGCCAAGUUGCAGAGUUUGAGGCUCUCGGAGAAGUUCGGCGCUCUUCUCCGCCCGCUGAGACUAAGCGAGGAAAGGGGGCCUAUAAAAGCCUGGCGGGCUCUUCCCUCCUCUUUCGCUCAGAGUUGUCUCGCGGGUUGGAGGCGGAGCUGCGGUUUCGAGCGCCUCUCUCUCGCCACUGCCAGCCCGGCCGGCCACUUCAGGCGCCUAACAGCGUCGCUGCCUCUCCGCGCUCCCUGCAAACGCCAUGGCUGUCUGGAGCAGCUCCGAUUGCAACGCGGGAGGCUCGGCCCGGCCCAGCUUGACCUCGGUCUCGUCGGGGGAGCUGCAGAGCCUGCGGACGUGCAACUGCGAGAUGGCCCUUUUGCCGCUGCGGCAGCUGCUGCUCCUGCAGUCCAACUCCUUCCAGCUGCAGGGAGACACGAUGGCCGUGUUGAACCCCUCCAGUCACCGGCCCGGCGGGGGCUUCAUCGUGAUCGGCGACGGCUCCCUCUACGUGGACGGGCAGCGCCUUUGCCGUCUCACCGGCUACUUCAAGAGGCACAUAGAGCUCAACACCCACUAUGACUACAAAAACUAUCGAGAGACUAUACUGGGCCAUCCACUGGUAUUCUUUGUUAAUGUCCGAACAAAAUAUAAUUCUUCAAAAGAAAAAACAUACGCUUUGCUUGUGAACACUCGGCACCCUAAAAUGAGAAGACAGAUAGAGAAUGGCAUGAACAACAUUAUAUCCUCUGUCCUUGGAGAAAGCUACAAACUUAAGUUUGAUUUUCAAGAUGCUGUAAAGAAAUUCUUUCCUUCAGGAACCCAUCUGGUUAAUGGGGAGAACUUGAGCUUUUCCUAUGAGUUUAAAUCUGAUGCGUUAUUUGAUUUCUUUUAUUGGUUUGGAAUCAGCAAAAACACCGUCUCAGUGAAAGGCAAAGUUCUUAAUUUGUCAAGUACCAAUACAGAGAAGAAGGAAAUGAUAACGAAGUUUCUGGAUAAAAUGAGUGAACCUAAUCUACGUUCAAACAGCUUUUCAGACAGAAAGUUCAGUGUUGCCUCCAGAACUUCAGUAGAUGAUGUGUUCAACAGCAAUUUGACACCACAGUCAUCUUUCAUGGAGUCACCUUUCACAGUCUGGACAAUUUCAGCAAUUCAGGAGCCUGAAGACUGAUUGAAGACACAACAGUCAGGUUUGCAUAAGUGGAAGAGAUGCGUUGGAUAAAGAAGGGAAUACACAACGGUGGACCAUGUUUAUUGCAGGAACACAAGGAGUUACCAAAAGGAAAUUUUGUUCUCUUUUGUGUGUUGCCUAAAAUAGAAGGCUUUUGCAUUCCAACCAUUUUCUUUGCUUGAGGAGAAAUCUUAGAGAAGAUCUGGCACCUCCAGAGUUCACUCUCAGCAUUAAAAGCUGUUUGUACAUUUUAGGAAUUUCUUGAGAAAAGUUCCGCUUGCAUGUAGAUCCAAAGAACUGAUUACAGUGAUUAAAAUAUCAAUUCCCAAGUUUUAAAGAGAUUCUUGAAACUGCAAGCAGUAACCAGUUGAUUUUAUCAUUGCUAGAAUUGUGCUUGAUACUGGUUUUAAAAACCAAUUGAAGUCCUUUAAUAGCCUUUCUGUUAAAAAAGUCGGUUCUAAUAAUUCUUACAAGCUAAAUUUACUGCAGUCUUUUAAAUGGUGGAAGAACUUUUGUGCCCAAGCACUUUUAAAUGGCACUUCAAAAACUAGUUUGUUGCCCAGGUGUGUGGCUGUUCCCAGUCCUGGAAAGAUUCUAAUCUAUGGUCCAAAUUCUGAUCUAGGCUUGACUAAAUGUGAAAUAAUGACCAACUAUGGAAGUCUUGAUUCUGCAAAUCAUGCCUCUGCAAAAUUAUGCCUUAUUCCACCAGUACUGCAGCCUAGUUUGUACUGAUCUCAUGCUUCAACCCUAAUUAUGGUAGCUCUUAAAUGUACUUCUUUAAAAAAAAACCUCAUGGUAACAGAUAGCAUUUACUGUUAUGUUACUACAUGAUGUCAUGUCAUACAGGGUAGAGAGUGCUACAGCAAUCCUUUCUAAAAGGAUACUCUUAUUAUUAUGAGAUUAAUGGUACUACUGUCUUUUGGAAGCAGUGAGAAAAGUGGACAGAGCAAUAUGUAACGUAUAAAUCAGCCUUAUUUGGCAUGGUGUGAGAUGUGGCAUUGUGGGCAAGGAUACAGCCCUGGUGGCUGUGUACCUACCUUAGAAAACCUCUGUUUUCCCCUUCAGUUGUAUGUAGUACUUGGGACAGUUUGCCUCCUUUUUCCUAACUGCUUGGUAGUGGUAUAAGUACACACAGGAUGGAUUUUUAGAAGUACUAAAUUGCCCCUAGCAUACACAUCACUGUAUUUAAAACAGCUGUACUGUCCCAAGAGCUAACUGACUCAGUUGCUUUUUUGACUCUACACUUUGAAGAAUUGCCACUCUCAUUGGGGUGAUGGGAACACCCUGCACAUGUAGGAGGGCCACGUAUCUGGAAACAAAUGUCGAAAGAAAAGGGAUAAUAAUGUAAUUUGGAGCACAUAAGUGCCGACCAUGACUCUAAGAUUAAUUGAGUCUAAAGAAUUUUAACUCCAGACGUCCUAAGAGGUUUCACACUAAAACUCCAUAGUGUACUUACAUCUUCCAAACUGGAACAGGCAACAUAACAUACAGAAAGAGGUUUCUAUAGAAAGGGUAUUUUUAACCUUAACCCAUACCAUGACAUACAAACACCAUUUUUGUAUAACUUUAUUAAGUUUAUUACUGCACAAUUUUUUUUUAAAAAAAACUACCUUUUGACCUUGCUUGUCUGGAAGGUGGAAUGCAUGAGUGGAACAAAUGAAUCCAGCAACAGUUGUGUUCAUUUUUCCCAUGACCCUAUUGAGUGAGUGCAUUUAGAAUGUUUAAAGUAUGCAAUAUAUUUGAAUAUACUUGGCAAAGUCACUUUAUAUAAACACAAUAGCCUAUUCUGUGCCUUGUAAUAUAUACUUUGUAGAACAUCAAUAAAGGGAGACUUUAUAUA